AUGUGGAAGUUGGAGACAAGUGGUAGAGUGGUUGAAGAGGAACUAUAUAAACUUAGCCGUGGUCUGGAAUUUGAACAUGGAGUCCACUCAUUUAUUGUGGAUGUGGAUGAUGAGUUAAUAAAACAGCAUUUUAGUGAAGCUGAACGUCUAGAAACGGAGAAUGAAUGUAAAACGCUAAAGGAGAUACGUAAGACAAUUAUUGAACCAGAUGAAAGGUUUGAUAUGAAAUAUGAUCAAGAUGCUUACCAUGAUCUAGAUUACAUUAGAUUUGCGUUAUGCGCGCUAGUUAGGGAAAUUGAGUAUGGAGGAUUAAAAGGCCAGUAUUUGGAGGCAUGGUACAACUGUCAUGUGUGGGAUGUCAUCAUUGAUCAAGGUUUUUCAGGUUUGAAGGAGACAUCUGUUAUUCGAGGUGAAAGCACUAGCACCGCGAAUGCUGAGCGGAAGAAUGCGCAUAGGACGGAUACGAACACUUGGAGAAAGUUCGGGCACCGAGGCGAUUGGAUCUUGAGACGAAUUGGAAAUGGUGAGCGUGAUGAAUAUGGUAUUGGCGAAGCGGGAAAGUUGUGGUUUGAUGAUCAUGGGAUGAAAUUCCUGAAGGAAACAUGUGUUAAAUCACCAAAAUGUUUAAAGGAUAUGUUGUUAAAGCUCAUGAAAAAAGUAGACUGGGAUAAAGAAUUGUGCAAGAAACUACAAACAGUUGGAAUCACCCAUGCAGACAAGCAAUUUUCUGUGCCAGACAUCGAGGAAAAUUUUCCAGACAUUUUGCAAAUUCUGGCAGCUGUGCUAAUCAUCAAAGUAUUAUUAUUUAAUGAUGAUGUAAAAUUAAGUCACAGAAAGGAUACAGAUGUAAGAGGUGCAAAUAAAAGGGUUGUUAAAAAAAUACUUAGAAAAACAGUUGAGGUGGCAUGUAAAACUAUUCUACAUUAUCCAAAGGAUGAUGGUACCUCUGAAUCAAAAAAAUUUCAAGCAAAACUUGCAAUACUAAAUGCUAUUCAAUGUAAAUAUAUCAUUAAAUUUUAUGGUAUCUCCAAUGUAAAUUCUCAUAAUGCUUUGAUAUUUGGCUGGGCUGAAAAGGGCAAUUUAAAAGAUUUGUACAAUACUCAUUACAUUGACUGGGUUACAAAAUUAAAAAUUUCAUAUGAUGUCAUUAGAGGACUUUUAUUUAUGCAUAAUGGUGAAAUUUUACAUCACGAUGUUAAAUGUGAAAAUAUAUUAAUCGAUGAGAAUGGAAGUGCAAAAGUUUCAAAUUUUGAGCUUAGUCGUAAUUUAUCUGGUGAAACUACAAUAUUAUCAGAUUUAAAUGAUUAUAUUCGUUGGAUGGCUCCUGAAAAGAUGGGAUCAAAGACUCAACGUUAUAAUCUUUAUUGUGAAAUGUUUAGCUUUGGAAUGUUUCUUUGGGAGCUUGCUUAUCAACAAAUUCCAUAUAAUGAAAUGAAUGUAACUAGUAUUAGUGAUCAUGUCCUAAGUGGUCAAAGAGAAUCUAUAAAGAUUGGAGUGCACAAUACAGAAAUUCAGCAAGUUUUAAUUCAAAUUAUUAAUAGAGCCUGGGAACAUUCACCAUAUAGCCGUCCAUCUUUUGCUGAAAUAACAGAUGAAUUGGCAGAAUUGUGGAAAAGUUUUGAAAGUAUUAAAUAUGUAGCCAAAUUUAUUGCUAAAGAUGAAGUUUCAAGUGAUGAAAUUCAGCAUUAUAAUAUUGAUGAGGACUCGGAUUUUGAACGUUAG